UAAGUGCACUACGUGUGGAAAAUCCUUCGCAUCAAUAUACCACCUAAAAAAACAUGCAACGGUUCAUACAAGAAAGAGGCCAUAUAAGUGCACUUCAUGUGGAAAAUUCUUUGCAUCGAAAGAAAGUUUGAAGAUACAUGCAUUGGUUCAUACAGGAGUAAGGCCUUAUACUUGUUCUACAUGUGGAAAAUCCUUUACAACGAAAAAUGCGAUGAAGAAUCAUUUUUUGGUUCAUACAGGUGAGAGGCCCCAUAAGUGCACUACAUGUGGAAAAUUCUUUGCAUUAAAAGUACACUUGAAGACACAUUCAUUGGUUCAUACAGGAGAGAGACCCUAUAAGUGCGUUACAUGUGACAAAUCCUUUGCGUCUAAGAACAAUAUGACGAGACAUUCAUUGGUCCAUACAGGAGAGAGACCUUUCAAGUGUUGUACAUGUGAAAAAUCAUUUGCAACCAAAUAUGAAAUGAAGCAACAUUUAUUGUUUCAUACAGGAGACUGGCCCUAUAAUUGCACUACAUGUUGUAAAUCCUUUGCAUCAAACCGCAACUUGAAGAUGCAUGCAUUGUUUCAUACAGGAGAGAGACCUUAUAAGUGCACUACAUGUGAAAAAUCCUUUGUGCACAAGAGUCAAAUGAAGAGACAUUUAUUGGUUCAUACAGGAGAGAGGCCCUAUAAGUGCACUACAUGUGGGAAAUCCUUUGCAUUAAAAGACAUAUUGAAGAGACAUUCAUUGAAUCAUACAGGAGAGAGGCCCUAUAAUUGCACUACAUGCGGAAAAUCCUUUAUAUAUAAAUAUAACUUGAAGAAACAUUCAUUGGUUCAUACAGGAGAGAGACCUCAUACUUGUUAUAAAUGUGGAAAGUCCUUUAAAGCGAAACGUGAGAUGAAGAGACAUUUAUUGGUUCAUACAGGAUAGAGGUGGUAUAAGUGCACUACAUGUGGAAAAUCCUUUACAUCAAAAGGCUACUUGAAGACACAUGCUAUGGUUCAUAUAGUUGAGAGACCUUAUAAGUGCACUACAUGUGAAACAUCCUUCGUCUCUAAGAGCAAAAUGAAGAGACAUUCAUUGGUUCAUACAAGAGAGACCUUACAAGUGCACUACAUGUGGAAAGUCCUUUGCAUCAAAAGACAAAUUGAAGAGACAUUCAUUGAAUUAUACAGGAGAGGGACCCUAUAAUUGCACUACAUGCGGAAAAUCCUUUCCAUCAAAAGACAAAUUGAAGACACAUGUAUUAGUUCGUCCAGGAAAGAGGCCAUAUAAGUGCACUUCAUUUGGAAAAUCCUUUGAAACCAAAUUUGAAAUAAGGAGAAAUUUAUUGAUUCAUAAUGGAGAUAUACCUUUAACAUUUAAGUGUAUUGCAUGUUGAAAAUAAUCUGCAUU